UUCUUUUACUUGGAUUCAAACUUGGAAGAAUCCUAGAAUAAUCCAGUGCAAUAUAUAUUUACUUGAACAUGAAAGGAGUAUCUUUAUCAACCAAAUUCUUCUUUCUUUCUUCUGCUUUUGCUAUUUUCUUCACCACCGAAGCUGUUAUCAAGAUACCGGGCAACGAAACAGUAUCGGCUGUACUAAUGUUUGGCGAUUCUAUUGUUGAUACGGGCAACAACAACGAUCUCAAUACAAUUGCAAAGUGCAAUUUUCUUCCGUAUGGGAGAGAGUUUAAGGGAGGAAUGCCAACAGGAAGAUUUUCUAAUGGAAAAGUUCCCUCGGACUUCUUAGUGGAAGAUUUAGGAGUUAAGGAGUUCCUACCAGCAUAUAGGGAUCCAACUUUGCAGCCUAAAGAUUUCCUAACAGGUGUAAGCUUUGCUUCAGGUGGUGCAGGAUAUGAUCAUUUGACAUCAACAACAGCGUCAGCCAUAUCACUAUCAGAGCAAAUACAAGACUUUAAGAAAUACAUAGGAAAGCUAAAAGGAAUGGUUGGAGAAGAGAGAACAAACUUCAUUUUAGCCAAAUGUGUAACUUUUUCGGUAGCGAGCAGCAAUGACAUUACCAAUACCUAUUUCAUUAGUGGAAUUAGGAAAUUGAACUAUGAUUUUCCUUCUUACACUGAUUAUUUGGUCGAAUCAGCUUCUAAUUUCGUCAAGGAAUUAUAUGGACUGGGAAUACGAAGGAUUGGUGUUUUCAGUGCACCACCACUUGGAUGUUUGCCAUCGCAGAAAACUUUGAAUGGGUAUUCAGGAAAAGGGUGUGUAAAUUACCUCAAUGAAGCAUCAAAAUUGUUCAAUGCUAAACUAUCAGCAGAGAUGGGUUGCCUUAACAACAAUCUGCCUCACGCAAGGGUGGUUUAUAUUGAUGUUUACAACCCUCUACUUAAUAUUGUCCAAGAUCCUAAGAAAUAUGGCCUUGAGAUUGCAAAUAAAGGGUGUUGUGGAACAGGGAUUUUUGAGGUAUCCAUACUAUGUAACCAACUAGACCCGGGCACCUGCGCAGAUGACUCUAAGUAUGUUUUUUUUGACAGCUAUCAUCCUACAGAAAGAACAUACAAGAUAAUUGUCAGUCAGCUCCUCCAAAAAUAUAUCAAGAGCUUCCUUUAAGAUUGUUGGUUUUCCACGAGUCAAUAAUAUUAUCAACCAGAUAUUUCGAAUUUGUUAAUUUUUCCUUUUUCUAUCACAAAUAUUUAUUAUUUUUGCUGAUGCCAUAAGAGCUUGAAUCAAAUAAAUGGGAUCAGGGUUGAGUUGGGAGUGUCAA